AAAGGGUUAUUUUCUUGGCUAAAAAUUAGUAUUUCUAAAAUGUUACAAGUUAAAGUGCUGCAAUUACGUUUUAUAAUUCUGCUAACCUUGCUUAGUUGUUCCCUGCAAUGCCAGGAUAAAGGGGUAGAACAGAAGGAAUUAGAUUGGUGGCAAACAGCACAAUUCUAUCAAAUUUAUCCUCGUUCUUUUAUGGAUUCUAAUGGUGAUGGCAUAGGAGAUCUAAAGGGUAUAACCUCCAAGUUAACAUAUCUUAAGGAUAUAGGAGUAACGGCCGUAUGGCUAUCACCCAUUUAUACCUCACCUAUGGUGGAUUUUGGUUAUGAUAUUUCCGAUUUUUAUGGCAUACAACCGGAAUAUGGCACUAUAGAGGAUUUCAGAGAUAUGAUUGCAAAAGCCAAUGAACUUGGUUUGAAAAUUAUUUUGGAUUUUGUACCCAAUCACAGUAGUACGGAAAAUGAAUGGUUUAAGAAAUCGGUGAAACGUGAAAGAGGUUAUGAAGAUUAUUAUGUGUGGCAUGAUGGUAAAUUAGAUGCAAGUGGUAAAAGAAUACCACCCAGUAAUUGGUUAUCAGGUUUUCGUGGCAGUGCCUGGGAAUGGAAUGAAGAAAGGCAGCAAUAUUACUUGCAUCAAUUUGCUGUACAACAGGCAGAUUUAAAUUAUCGUAAUCCUUUUGUGGUGGAACAAAUGAAACGUGUUUUGAGAUAUUGGCUGGAUCAGGGAGUGGCUGGUUUUCGUGUGGAUGCUUUGACCUUGUUGUUUGAGGUUGACACCGAUGAAAAUGGUCAAUAUCCUGAUGAAGAAGUUAGUGGGUUGACCGAUGAUAAGGAUGAUAAGAAUUAUUUGAAAAUGGAUUUAAUAGAAAAUCGUCCUGAAAGCAUUGAUAUGGUAUAUCAAUGGCAUCAGGUUAUGGAAACUUAUAAGAAAGAAUAUGGCGGUGAUACCCGAGUCUUGCUAAUAGAAACCUAUGCUCCUCCUGAUUAUUCCAUGCAAAUGUAUGGUAAUGCUACUACUGAAGGGGCCGAGUUGCCUUUUAAUUUUAAUUUAAUAACUGAAAUAGCUAAGAGUGGCAUGUCGGCCAAGAGUAUUGAAACAGGUGUUAGCAAUUGGCUUAGCAAUAUGCCUGAGGGCCGAACAGCCAACUGGGUAAUAGGUAAUCAUGAUCAACGUAGAGCGGCUACACGUUAUGGUAAACGUAACAUAGAUGCCAUGAAUAUGUUGGUGAUGAUGUUGCCCGGUGCCAGUAUUACCUAUCAAGGAGAAGAAUUGGGCAUGUUGGAUGGUGUUAUCUCUUGGGAAGAUACCGUCGAUCCAGCUGCCUGUAAUGCAAAUCCUGAUAUAUAUGAACAAUCUACCAGAGAUCCAGCACGUACUCCGUUCCAAUGGUCUUCGGAUAAGUUUGGUGGUUUUACCACUGGCAGCAAAACAUGGCUGCCAAUGGCUCCUGACUAUGAAACCCUUAAUGUGGCAACAGAAUCUAGUGCUACAAAUUCUCAUUUGAAAAUCUAUAAAUCUUUAGUGGAACUGAGAAAAUCUUCGAAAACUUUGCAACAGGGUUCUUAUAAAUAUCAAGCUUUAAAUGAUAAUGUUUUUGUUUUGAAAAGGUAUUUAGCUGGUGAGGAAACUUUACUAUAUGUGGCCAAUUUUGGGGAACAAUCUACAAGUGCUAAUAUUGGAGCAAAUUUUGAUAAUAGUUUACCGGCGUUUAUGACUAUUAAAAUUGGUACUUUGGAUUCGAGUAAAAAUGUGAAUGCUUCUCUAGCGAUUUCAAUUAUUUCCUUAGCAGGCGGAGAGGCUGUUAUAUUGGCUGCUAAUUAGGGCGACUUAGUUUCUUUAGACUUAAAUAUGUUUUAUAAAAAUUAAAUAAAACUUUAAGCAACAAAA